CAAGCAGUCCGCGCUUUGGUCUGCUCGAUCCCAGCAUCUGCCCCGAUCUGUCUGGAUCUGCCCCGAUCUGCCUCGAUCUGCCUCGAUCUGGAUCUGUCGGGCCCUCCCCCAUUCACUUCCCCCCUCAACUCGCUGCCUUCUUCUGCUCUUGUCUCCACACCGACAUUUCCGCAUUUGCAAUGGCAUCCGAUCCGGUUCAAGCUUCCCUCCAGAAGUGUCUAUCCCUUCUCGCCCAAGAGAGCCGUGAUCUAGGAUGCUCCGAGAUUUCCUACCGAGACUCACCGCCGACACCUUUGGAAUUUCUCCGUCUCGUCAUGGCCAACAAACCAUGUGUCUUUGGCAAUGUUGGCAAGGACUGGCCAGCGCUUCAAAAAUGGAGGCGUCGAGAGUAUUUCGAAACCACUUUCCAGCAACAAAAGAUCACCGUAUCUGUGACGCCAAACGGCCUGGCUGAUUGUGUUAUCAACGACAAGUUCUGCCUUCCCUACGAAGAGCAAAUGACAUUCCCGGAGCUCCUCGAUCGCUUCCCAGAAAGCCAAGCUCCAGACUCGGACGAGAACUAUGAUCACAACGAGCCUGUUCACUACGUCCAAUCGCAGAACAACAACUUCUCGACCGAGUUCUCAGUCCUCCUUGAUGAUGUGCCCAAGGACAUUGCAUUCGCGUCCGAAGCUCUAGGAAAACAGCCAGAUGCCGUCAACUUUUGGCUUGGAUCGGAUCGCUCGGUGACGUCUCUUCACAAAGACCAUUACGAGAAUCUGUACAUGGUUAUCACAGGGAGCAAGACCUUCACUUUAAUUCCACCAACGGAGGGAUUUUGCUUGCCGGAGAAGCGAUAUACCACUGCCAGCUACCAUCCUUCAGACGAUUCGCCCACCCGAACAACAAAAUGGGCGAUUGUUCCCACCGAGCCUCCUUCAACAACUCCGUGGAUCGCCCUUGAUCCUCUCCACCCCGAUCCCGCCGUUCACGGCGACUACAUCAAGCACUCUCAGCCUAUCCAAGUGACGCUUCUCCCUGGACAAAUGCUGUAUCUUCCUUCGCUGUGGUACCACCAUGUGCAGCAGGGGCUCGAGCGACUUGACGGCUUUGCGGCGACCAUAGCUGUGAAUUGGUGGUAUGAUAUGGACUUUGGUCGGCCGUACGUUUAUUACGGAUUCUCAAAGCAGAUCGGCCUGAUUGCACGUGGAGAUCUGACUGAGCUCCAGGAACAACUGGCAGAGACCGAGCCAGAGGAAGACCCUAUCGACUGAGUGCUCCAGGACAGCUUCUCAAAUACUCCCUGAAUCUUCAUAGAGCCAAUACAAAGACAGAAAUGUGUGGUCCCCCACUAGUGGGAUCACGGCUUGGGGAUAUCACCGUUAUCGGGCACAGAUUCAUGGCCCAUUCUC